GUAAGCCGACGGGACGCCGAGAAUAUUCAGUCGCGCGAAAUGACGUCAUGUUAGUUUAGAAGUUGUAAAACUGUAGUUGAAUAUAUCUGAGAGAAAGGUAUGUGUUAGUGUUAUUUUCUAAAAAGGUGGUAAAGGUUGGCAAAGAGGGCAUUUAAAGUUUCCAUAAAAUGGGAAAAGAAAAAGCUGGUCCAUUGACGCCGAAAGCAAUUAGCAACAGAAUAAAAGCCAAGGGUUUGCAAAAAUUGAGAUGGUAUUGUCAAAUGUGUCAAAAACAAUGUAGAGAUGAGAAUGGUUUCAAAUGCCACUGCAUGUCAGAAUCACAUCAACGACAGUUGCUGAUAUUUGCUGAUAAUCCAAAUAGAUUCAUUGAUUCAUUCUCAAAGGAAUUUGAAGAUGAUUUUAUGUUGCUACUGAGAAGAAGGUUUGGUACGCGACGAGUCCAUGCCAAUGUUGUAUAUCAGGAAUAUAUUAGUGACAGAAAUCAUCUUCAUAUGAAUUCCACACAGUGGGUAACAUUGACAGAGUUUGUGAAAUGGUUGGGUCGUGAAGGUAAAUGUAAAGUGGACAACACUGAGAAAGGAUGGUUUAUUACGUAUAUUGAUAGAGAUCCUGAGACGCUCGCGAGGCAAAAGGCAUCAGAAAGUAAGGAAAAGAUGGAGAUGGAUGAUGAUGAGAAAACAGCCAAGUUCAUUGAAAAACAAAUUGAAAGAGAAUUAGCAAGGAAACUUGAUCAGCCUCAAUCUUGUCCCACAGAACUGGAAAGAAAUGACGAAGACGAGAAAGUUACUCUUAAUCUGAACUUGAAAUCUGACAAAGAGAAAGAAAUGCCGAAACCGUUGAGCAAAGCUGGCAAUUCAAAUCCAUUUGUAAAACUCGAUAAGACCAAGGAGAAAGACAGCAAAAAGAAGGAAAAAGAAUCGUUUCUGAUAUAUUUUAUAACAGACAGAAACGUAAAUCGGCUCUUGAUGAAAUCAUGCAGGAAGAGGAGGCAAAGAAAGCAAAAAGGAAAUUUGAGGAAGGACAAUUGGUUAAUGAAGGGAAUCGUGGUGAAAGUUAUGCAAAAACUAGGAGAGAAAUAUUACAAAAAGAAAGCGGUUGUUACGGAAGUAAAAGAUGUUUUUACCGGUAUUGUGAAAAUGCUGGACAGUGGAGAUGUUUUGAAAAUUGAUCAAACGUAUUUGGAAACGGUCAUUCCCGCAUUAGGUAGAUCAGUGUUGAUAUUAAAUGGUCGUUAUAGAGAUGAAGGGACAUUACGUGAUUUGGACGAGAAAUCCUUCAGUGUCUCGGUCGAGUUGACGGAGGGUGAACAUCGGGGACGAAUCGUCAACAAACUCCCUUAUGAAGACAUCUCCAAGUUGGAAUUGUAACGACUCUCAAUUACUCUCAAUCACGUAUGUACAGUUUAUGUAUUUAUAGUUCCGACCGGGUGAAUGGCAAAAGGCUAUUUGAACUGGAAAAGAUUGUUUUUUGAAAAAAAGGCUACUUAAAAAUGACAGUUUUUGACUGAUACUCUCAAAUUCUUCUACAAGUGUCGUUUCAUGAAAGAAAAUAGCGACAAACUUGGCAAAAACCGAUCGCCAUUUGCCGAUGGAAGGUGAAAGCAGUUGGAAGUUAAAAAUAAUUGUAACGUAAUUUGAUCUCCAUAUAAAGUAUUUGAAAAAUAGUUUAUCUCGCGUUUCGAAGCUGUCGAACAAGACUGCGAACCACGAACAAAUUCACUUCGGAGUUUAUAGUUGUCAAAAAAUGAAAAAAGUUGGUUUGGCAUUGCAAGCGCUUUCUGGAUUUCAAUGCGAAGGUCAAGCUCGUAUCUGUCAGAGAAAUGUGACAAACUACAAAUGGUUGCUCGGCAAGUGUCGUUUGUUGAGAGAAUGGUCGAAAUAUCCUUGUAUUAUUUUGAAAUAUCGAUAAGACGAUGCAUUCAUGCGGCUGAAAACAUAUAGCUUUAUUCAGAUUUACCGUCAUUUCUACUAGAUGUAUUGAAAAGAAAAGAUUUUGAAACUUGCAAAGACACAUUUGACUGAACACCUCAUGAAAAGUAAAUUUACCCCUUAGAUAUAUUGUUAUGAAUUCUACAUGAAUGAAACCCGGAAAACUCACGUUAUUUAUUGUCAUUCUUUUGUCCUUUUUAAUUAAAUACAACGAUGUGCACACCAA